AUGUCGCUUUGUCGAACUAGAUUGCAAGAAGAGAGGAAACUGUGGAGAAAAGAUCAUCCUUUUGGGUUUUACGCUAAGCCAACGAAGAGUCAGGAUGGAAGUUUAGAUCUUACUCAGUGGACUGCUGGAAUACCAGGAAAGGCGAAUACAUUGUGGCAAAAUGCCACUUACCCUGUCACGAUAGCAUUUCCAGAUGAAUAUCCUUCUAAACCUCCUAAGGUCAAAUUUCCGGCCGGCUUUUAUCAUCCAAACGUGUAUCCUAGUGGUACGGUGUGUCUCUCUAUCUUGAAUGAAGAGCAAGAUUGGAGACCCGCAAUUACGUUAAAGCAGAUUGUUUUAGGGAUACAGGAGCUCUUAGACUCCCCAAACCCAGACUCCCCGGCCCAAGAACCUGCCUGGAAAGCGUUCAGUAAGGACAAGGAGACUUAUGAGAAAAAGGUCAAAGAGCAAUCCAAGAGAUAUGCAAAUGCGGCCUGA